AUGAUCGUCGGAGAGAAGGCGGCCACUGGCAGUCGUGAGGCAGUCGAGACAUCACACGUGCGACCAAAUACCACAACCCGUGUGCGAAAAGUCUUCUCCCAUGCACAAAUGUUCUUCUUCGCUUUGACCUUCAUGAACAGCUGGGAGGCUAUGGGAACAAACAUUGGAGUAAUCUUCUACAACGGCGGUCCUCGAGCCAUGGUAUGGGGCUUCUUCAUCAUCAUUCCCGGUACACUCUGCCAGGUCGCCUCGAUAUCCGAGAUGGCAUCAGUGCAACCCAUAGCUGGGGCCCAGUACGUGUGGACACACUACUAUGCACCUGAACGACUCCGCCGACCUAUUACCUGGGUGCAAGGAUGGGUUACCUGGUUCUCCUGGAUCGCUAUCACUGCUGGAACCGCCAAUGUCAUUGGCAACAUCAUCACAACCCUGGUGACCGUCCAAUAUCCCGAUUACGUGUCAAGAUCCUGGCACGUCCUCCUUAUCAUGUAUGGAUUCCUCCUUGUCCUUGGAUUGCUGAAUCAAUUCGCUUUCUGGGUUAUCCCAUGGGUGGAAAUGGCUGCUGGACUGAUGCACAUCAUUCUCUUCAUCGUUUUCGUUGCGGUGUUCGCCUCCCUCGGACAACGAAACACAGCAGACUUUGUUUUCUUCGAAAAGGCGAAUCUAUCAGGCUGGGAGAACGAUUUUGUCUCGUUCAACCUAGGCAUCAUCCUCAUCACUUGGGGCUUUGUUGGCUUUGACGGCGCCAUCCACAUGUCCGAAGAAGUCCGCCGGGCUCGCCAUGCCGUUCCCCGGGCUAUGUUUCUGAGCAUCUGCCUCAACAGCGGCCUCGCAUUCGCCAUGACCAUCGUCUACCUCUUCUUCCUCGGCCCCGUCGACGACGUCCUAAACGCAUACUACGGCCUCGUUCCCAUCGUCAUCAACGCCACCGGCUCCGUCCGCGCCGGGUCCGCAAUGAUUGGCUGCUUUAUGAUCACAGUCAUCGCCGUCUUCCUUGGCUGCAUCGCAUCCACUUCCCGCCUGACCUGGGCGUGGUCUCGCGACGGUGCCCUGCCCCAAUGGUUCGGCUACGUCGACAGCAGAUACCGCGUGCCUGUCCGAUCUCUCUGGCUGUCCAUCUUCAUCGUGGCAGUGCUACUGCUCCUCAACCUCGCCAGCGCAGUUGCCAUCGGUGUCGUCAUCUCCCUCGGUACCUUCGGCCUCUUCCAGUCGUACUUCAUCGCCAUCGGCUGCAUGAUCUACGCUCGAUCUCAGGGGCGUGUUGAGGAUGCCGGCUGGUCGCUCGGGCGUUGGGGAUGGCCUGUCAAUGUGGCGGCAAUGGUCUAUACCGCGUGGGUCGGGACCUUCACUGUAUUUCCCAACUAUCUGCCCAUUACCAGUGAUUACAUGAAUUAUGCUCUGCCCAUCAACGUGGGCGUCUGGAUAUUUGCGGCAGUCACCUGGUUCGCUUGGGCGAGGAAGAACUGGACGGGGUUGAACAUGGAGGUUUUUGAGGCUGUGCUCGCAGAUGCAGAUCGCGCAACGAAAGACUGA